AUGGAUGGCUUCAACGACAGUGGUGUUAAUCAUAUAGUCUUCUAUCUGCUGGGCAUUCCAGGCCAAGAAGACCUACACCUGUGGAUUUCCAUCCCCUUCUUCAUCUCCUAUGUCGUUGCCCUCUUUGGAAAUGGUCUGCUCAUCUUCAUCAUCCUCAUCAAGAGCAGCCUUCAUGAACCUAUGUAUCUUUUCCUCUGUAUGCUGGCUGCAGUUGACAUUGUUUUUGCCUCAACCACAGAACCCAAGGCAUUGGCCAUUUUCUGGUGUAACAGGAGGGAAAUAUCUCUUAAUGGCUGCAUUGCCCAACUCUACUUCCAGCAUUCCUCCUUCAUUUCUGAGUCAGGCAUCUUGCUAAUUAUGGCAUUUGACCGCUACAUUGCAGUAUGUUACCCACUGAGAUACACCACAAUACUCACCCACUCUCUGAUAGGGAAAAUUGGUGUGGCUGUUUUCUUGAGAGCACAUUGUACAAUUUUCCCCAUAGUAUUUCUUCUGAAGAGGCUGCACUUUUGCAGAAAUAACAUUCUCCCACAUACAUUCUGUGAACACAUUGGCUUGGCCAAGUAUGCCUGUGAUGACAUCCAAGUAAACAUCUGGUAUGGAUUUUUUGUCUUGAUGUCAACAGUGAUCCUAGAUAUUGCCCUCAUUUUUGUUUCCUAUGUUCUGAUUCUCCAUGCUGUCUUCCACAUUCCUUCCCAAGAGGCUGGUCACAAAGCUCUCAACACAUGUGGCUCCCACGUCUGUGUCAUUAUCCUUUUUUAUGGGCCUGGGAUCUUCUCAGUCCUCACUCAGCGCUUUGGACGUGACAUCCCACUACACAUCCACAUCCUACUGGCCAAUGUCAGCAUGCUUGCUCCACCUAUGCUUAAUCCCAUCAUUUAUGGAGUCAAGACGAAACAGAUACGAGACCAAGUCAUUCACAUGUUGUUUAAUAAGCAGAAAUGA